AUGCCAUGCAGCCCAAUAACGCCACAGCCUACUAAGACAUGUACCCAACCCCAACUAAGUAAGCAACCCACUGUGGAGGCAUGCCAUUUGGUACCACUGGCAAAGACUCAAGUGGGUAUGUCGAUUAGACGCUGUUGGCGGAUGUGGAGGCCCCAGACCUCAUUAGACUCCAUCGGAUGCUAUUCCCUUGCACAUCAUCGUGUUCCAGAUAAAUGCCUCUAG